ACUGGGUUGUUGUUGUUAUUCUGAUUUUGGGAUAGGCUAUUGACUUUCCCGAAGAAACUGCAGAAUAUAUUCAUUUAUUGUUAAUUAGAAGAUUUUUAGCUUGCAUGAUCACAUCCAUAUCAAAAGUAUUAGGUUUUGAUUUUGUCUUAGAUCUAAUAUCAUUUGUCGCCUUAUCACCAGCGUGUUCUUUUGUUCACCUUUUACAGUAUUAAUUGUAUCAACCUCUUGCUUGAUUUUGGUCCAACAUUAUGUGUUAUCAACUGAAUUUUCCACAGAACCCUCCCCCAUCUCCAAAAAAAUAGAGAUGGGGCUAUUGCAUUUUGCAUUCGAGAACUAGAGGCACUCUUUGAAUAUGUUUUUCCUUUCAUCUUUCAAUUCUUUAAAGCAUAGCAUUCUCUGUUGCCUAUGGCCCAGUAAGAAACGCUAUAGAUGCUAUUCUUAAUAAUGGCAAUUUCAUGAAAGCAAAGAUACCAUAUUUUCCUUUCUAGAGCAGCAGUGAGGUGGUUAUGGAAUUGGUUGAAAAAAUAAAUCUGCUCCUUGGAAAAAGUAGCUAUGCAAGGCGUUGAGCUGUAUUCUUUUACAAAUGUUAGUAAUAACUGCAAUAUCUCAGUGGGAUUUCUUAUGGUGGGUAAUGUUCUUGCUUACUAUUUUGGGAGAAGUUAUUCAACCAAUCUCGUGCCUGCUACUGAUUCUUGUAGUUGUCUUUAGUGAUUAGAAAAUCAAUUCAGUCUGCUUUUGGAACUGCAGGAACAAAAGCCUCUAGUGCAACAAACAAUGCUACAGCUUUUCAAACACAAGACAAAUCUCUGGGCUCGUCAUCCACUUUACCAACAUUUGGAAAGAAAUAUGAAGGUAAUGGUGUGGCCAAUGAAUCUCUGGUGUGGUCCAGGGAUGCCAGUGUUUCAGCUCCUGCAUUUGGUGUUGCAAGCAACUCACACUUUGGCAUGUCAAGCACUCCCACAUUUGGUUCCUGCUCCUUUGACAUGCCAGCAGUAUCCACGUCAGGCAUAUCUGGAUUUGGUGGCCUCCUCAUACCAAGGCCCUUCAACGAAUCAACAGUCGAGCAGUUUGGUAUGUCAAGCGCUCCAAGAUUUGGUUCCUACUCCUUUGGCCAGCCAGCAGUAUCCGUGUCAGCUUUAAAUCCGUUAUUUAGCAGCAGCAAUAUGUUUGGUUCUACCCCCGAAAUUGGACAGACUCAACCACUGUUUGGAAAUAGAGCAUUUGGAGAAACCUCAUCAGCAUCAUCCGUAUUUGCUCAACCUAUUGGAAGUUCAGUGUCUUUCAAUGGAACCACAACAUUUAAUGCAGCGAACGAUGCUACAGCUUUUCAAACGCAAGACAAAUCUCUGGGCUCGUCCACUUUAUCAACAUUUGGAAAGAAAUAUGAAGGUAAUGGUGUGGCCAAUAAACCUCUGUUGUGGUCCAGGGAUGCCAGUGUUUCAGCUCCUGCAUUUGGUGUUGCAAGCAACUCACACUUUGGCAUGUCAAGCACUCCCGCAUUUGGUUCCUACUCCUCCGUCCAGCCAGCAGUAUCCACGUCAGGCAUAUCUGGAUUUGGUGGCCUCGUCAUACCAAGGCCUUUUGACCGGCCAGCAGCAUUUGUGUCAGGAAAAGAAAGUACAGCACCAUUGCUCAAGAGCUUUAGUUUUGGAAAGGCAGCAUGUGGUUUCAAUCAGAAUGGAAGUAGAAUAGCAUCAUACAUCGCAACUCCAGAGAAAGAUAGCACAAAACCAGGUGAAACAAUUCAGUCCAUUUGUGGCAUGCACACUUAUAAAGAUAAAAGCCAGGAGGAGUUGAGGUUUGAGGACUAUCAGUUAGGUGAUAAAGGCAUAUCUGGAUUUGGUGUCAUUGACAACUCAAGGACUUUUCAAUCACCAGUAUUUAACCAAUCAACUGUUGAUCAUCCAAAUCCAUUUGCCGUGAAAAGAGAACCUUCUUCUGGUCAUUGUCCAAAUCCAUUUGCCGUGAAAAGAGAACCUUCUUAUUGUCACUGUCCGAAUCCAUUUGCCACGAAAAGAGCAGGGUUUGAUUCUCUAUCAAAAGAGAAGUCUACCACAACCCCACCUGGCACUGGAACUAGAGUGGCAUCUUAUGCUGCAACUAGAGAAGUGGAAGGACAAUAUUCAAUAAAGUUUUUGUCAAUCUCUGCUAUGCCAUUGUAUUCUAAUAAAAGCCACGAGGAGUUGAGGUUAGAGGACUAUGAAUCUGCAAACAAAGGGGCUGCAUCAAUUUCACAAAGUAAACCAUUUGAGUCUUCAUCAGGAUCUACUGCCUCAAAUGUAUUUUUUUCUCCAUGGAUCCAUUCAAGUCCAUUUGCUGCACCUUUGAAACCAGAUUCUAGUUCUCCGAUUACCUCCGCCCUUUCUCCCGCUCCUAUUUUAACUACCGGAGCAGCUCCACAAUCCACAUUAUGCUCAAACUGCCUAAACAAGUCUCAAUCAUCCUACCAGCUGCAGCCUACUUCCCCAAGACUUUGUGAUUCAUCUAUUGGGUUGGAAAACUUGACUACAUCCUCUCAGCUCUAUCCACUUGGUCCAAGUCAAAAUACUCCUCUGUUCGUUGGUCCUCUGCACCCAGAAAUGACUCCAAAUGUUGGAGAAACACUUCCUACAGCCAUCUCUUCUCAUCCAGCAACAGAAAAUGUAGGGAUGCAUGAUGGAGUCAAAGUUAAUGACAGUUGUGGCAAGCCCAACUUAGCGCCUGAAGAGAUGCAUUAUGAUAAUUCUGGAAAGCUGAAACCUUGUUUCAUAGUUUCAGUUGAAAGUGCUGCUGAAGAAGCAACAGAUAGCAAGCAUGAUGAUAAGGAUGUUGAUGCCAUAAUGCCCAAGCUCCAACGUUCUGAUUACUACACAGUUCCUCCUAUUCAGGAAUUAAUAUCAAAGGAGAAGGAAGAACCUGGUUUCUGUACCCACGUGACGGACUUUGUGGUAGGAAGACAUGGCUAUGGAAGCAUCAAGUUCUUGGGAGAAACAGAUGUCCGGAAGCUUGAUCUUGAUUCUGCCGUCCAUUUUAACUGUCGUGAAGUGAUCAUCUAUAUGGACGAGAGCGAGAAACCUCCAGUUGGACAAGGCCUCAACAAGCCAGCUGAGAUAACUCUCCUUAAUGUCAGAUGCAUCAACAAAUCGACCGGGAAGGAGUACACAGAUGGACCAAUAGUUAACAAGUACAGAGAUAUGCUUAUUAAGAAAGCAGGAGUGCAUGGUGCAGAAUUUGUUUCUUAUGAUCCAGUAAAAGGGGAGUGGGCAUUUAAAGUGUCACACUUUUAGAAUGAUGUUGAGAUCUCUCUAGUUACUUGCACUAAACAUUGGGAUUUCAAAAAAGCUGAAACUUUCUUGAUUGAUGCUGUGACAUAAUCAAACUUAAUAUAGUUAUAGUUGAAUUC